AUGCCAAGCAUGUUCUCUCAAAACGAAGCGGCAUCGGAGCUGCUGGAGGACUUACAGGUGUCGUGCUUCAAGCUCUGCUGGAAGUGGCUCGAAGGGGGUCGAGAAGCCGAGCUAGCAGCUGAAGUGAGAGACUUGAAGCUGCUGGUUGCUGACUUGUCGGCCAGAGUGCGGAAACUUGAGCUAGAGCAGGAGUCUUUCAAAGAGUUCGAGCUCGUACCUUCGUCAGCCGCUGGAUCUACCGAACCAGUACCCCAGGCAUCUGAGGUUGCCUACCCCGCUCCGACUGAGCGGGCAAAGAUUUUGAUCGGAGUGGGCAAGUGGAUCCAAGACCGGGUGCGAGGGCUUGGUAGAGGGCUUUCAGGAAGAGAAAAGAUUCCUCAGCAAUCCCGAAUCUACCUGCUUUUCAAGGAUUUCGACGGGAAGGUCUACAAUCCGGCUCGGUUGUUCUUUCGCUGGCGAGAUCUGGAGCCCCUGGUGAAACGCCCUACAGGCGAUUCGCGCCAGGAUUCUGGGACUUCAGUUUACAUCGGCUUGCCCAACCAGGAGGCCUUAGUAUACACCGGGACCGGUGAGACGAUUUACGAGUACCCUGUUGGCUACCUUUCUGUGGAGCAGGGGGGCGGCCACUCAAUUUUGGUGGAUAUCAUUUUUAUCAGCAAAGUACAGAAUCGGUUGUUGGUUGCAGUGCCUCUGAGUGCUUGGCACAGGCAGGUGCCCAGGCGCAAACUUCCCCCAGGAGCUCUGUCCAAAGCAGUCGCGCUGGGAGUAGCUGGUUGCACUUCUGACUUCCGUCACCAGGCUUCAGAGAGUAGCACGGUGAAGGUUUGGGUUGGCUACUUGAAAGCGGAGCUCGAGGAGAAGGUCUUUUUCGAGUCUCCGGGUGAGCCGGGGGAGUCAGAGAAGGUACAGUUCGAGCAGGACGGUGGAGGGGAGGCAUGCCUCCCAUUCGCCGAAGCUCUAGUGGUCGUGGCAGACGAGAAAUUUUCUUUCUGCAGCGCGGUGUCUCAGGAAUCGGCGAGCGAGGAGCGGUUGCGAAAACUCGAAGAUGGUAUGGCUCUCAUCCAAGCCAGUCUUCAGCAGUUAGCCAAGAAUGGUCCCGCAGCCACCUCGGGCGACAGCCGCCCCAAGGCAGCAGCUGCCCCGAAACCGGAGACGCGAACCGUUCAGAGUUUGCGAGGCCUGGAUCCCGGUGUCGUGCAGUCAGCCCGUUCUGCGGGCAUCCCCGAGGCUCACCUGUUUCAGAUGGCCUCUCUUGUCCGAAAGAAAAACCCUGGCCUUGGCGAUCAUCCCAAGCAGACGGCGCGGGAGGACGCGCUGGGGGAGCCUAUCGAGGAAGAAGAGGGCGAAGAGCAAGACGAGCCUGGGUUUGCAGGAGGGCCUGGAGGUUCAAUGGAGAAGGCCCUUAUCAAACUCACCGACAUUGUCAGCCUCCUUGCAAAGCAGAAGAACAAAAAGGCCAGUCUCGAGGAGCUCUUGGACGAGAGCGGCAGCACAGGCGAGGCCUUGAGCAGCGGGUCCAGCCGCAAACAUUCUGCAAUCUUGAAAGCCCUUCGCAAGGCUCUCGUGGAAAAUCCCGAGCAGAUCUAUCAGAGCAUUCGCGCCAAUAUGCUCGAAGACUUCCACAGCCGAGUGGGAGGUCCUGGCGAAGCGGAAGGAUCGGGAACCUUUUGCGGCUGGCUGGAACACAGGAGCCGAAUCCCGAACAUUCAGAGUUCAGUCCGGGUGGCAUGGUCGGUGGGAGGGGCGCUCGACGCCCUGGAGUCCGGACAGGUCUCAGAAUGCAAAGCGAGACUUGCUCUGCUUAUUGCCCAGCUGGAUCAAGUAGCAUACGAUCAUGGCCAAUGGCUGAUUGCUCACGAGGCGGGGUUGGAAGCGACAUCACCGCCGUUCAGCGCGUUCAGUCGACACCUCUUGCCAGCUGCCAACGAGAGUCAAUUCACUCGACUUCUCGAUGCUCGAUGGGUAGAGGCCUUUGUGCAGAAGGUGAAAGAAGUGGAAGAAUACACAGACCGUCGCAACCGGCUUGUGAAGCCGAAAUCAGCUUUGAACGAGGAGCUCGGGAACCAGCUGGAGAAGCCACCGAAGACUCCCAAAGGGGGAAAGGGCAAGGAUGCACAGAAGGGCAGUGGGAGAGGCCGGCUGGACCUCCCUGCAGCUGGGCGUGUGGAUCACGAGCCGGCUGUGCAUGCGCAGCAGCCGGGAGCAGCGGCUAGUACAGUGGAAGCUAGCUCUUGGUGGAAUUCAUCGUUGCGAGUUGCACUGAAAGGUGGUACGAAGUUUUCCAUCUUUCUUAGAACCCUGCUGAAAGUAGCAACGCCUGCCUCCGAGAAGGAGGCCACCGGGAAGCCUUGGCCUAUGCCCGUGCCAUAUCCGGCAGUUUGGCGACGGGAAGCUGGCGAUCAUGAGCUGGAAGAUUUCAGCUUCAAGAGGGCUGUGAACAUGAUGGUUGCAAGUCUAAACUGGAUGUUCCUGCGCCGGCCUCCGGUAGCCCCUGCUUGCAUUCGUGUUGGCACUAAGUUGUCAAAUAUGCAAUGGCGAGUUGUUCGUGAACUAGAACGGCUGAGCUUCUCGUGGAAGAGAAAAACCGUGACAGCAGUUGACAUGGGUCGUACAGCAUCAAAGAUCGAAGCACUAGAGAAUGCAGUCCGUUUCUUGACCAGUUUGAACACUGAAGGGUCUGACCUGAUCUUCGAAAAUGAUCCUUUCACUCCCCUCCCGCGGCGAGGAUAUGGGAAACUUCCAUCAUUUCGCGAUCUUCGUCCAGGACUUCGGCAUGCCUUCGGGGGUGACGUUAUUGGAAAUGCCGGAACAUCAGGGCAGUCCGUGACGGCAAAGGCCAUUGUCGCUGACCGCAUCAAGUUUCGUGGAACUCCGAGUUUCGAUCCCUCGCCUUAUCUUGACCGAAGAGGAGAAGCCAUUUUCAAUAGACCGUUGGAUAUGGCCCUGACCCCAGAGGACGUUGGCGUGGACCUGCCCAAGGUGAAGAUCCACGCUAGUCGUACUGAACGAGAUCGGCUGCUGCAUCUGCUGGACGCUGGCAAUCGGCUGGGGUGCGUGGGCGGAAGUACCGCUCUGCGAGGUUACCAAGCCGGCUUAUUCGCCGUGGGGAAAGACCUGACUACUGAUCGUUUAAUAUUCGAUUCUCGUCCUUUCAACACAUUGGAAAGGGCUGAGGAUUUCAAGGGAGAAAAGUAUGUUUACGCCAGCUUGGCUACACUGGCUAUGGGAGACGCUUGCGCUGUAGAGAUAGCGCAAACGGCGCAUGUUGCUUUAUUGGUGCAAAGUGGGCUUUUGCAUGAAAACAACAUGUUAGCGAUGAACAUGUGCUGUCCCAGAAGCCCGAGCAUGAUUGGCGUGGUGAUUGAUGACCUGAUAGCUUUGGAAUUGGUUGCGAAAGAAACAUUCGAAGCAGGUGUCUCUUGCAAAGGUGGCGAAGCAAUCGAGAGCAUGCUUGGUCGGUACAUCGACGCCGGCCUGACUCCCCAUGAAAAGAAAACCUUCAAAGAUCAACUGCUUGGGGAGUACUGGGGAGCUAGCGUGGACGGGCAAGAAGGGCUCGUGAAAGCUUCGCUCAGCCGGGCUUUGCCUAUCUUUGCUAUCACGAGUGCAGUGGUGGCAAUGGGGGUCACAAACCUGGGGCUGCUAGAGAUCCUGGUUGGGUCGUGGACAUCAAUCUUUCUUUUUCGGAGAAGGCUGCUGAGUUUGUUUUCGGUAGUCUACGAGCCCCUGCAGCGUGGACUCAAAAGACAGCAUGUUAUCAAGCUGAGCGAUGAGCUACGCGAUGAGCUGGUGAUGAUUAUAAGCCUGGGACCUUUAGCUUGCACCGAUCUGCGAUGCUGGAAUUCUCCUCUGAUCUACUGCUCUGACGCGUCUGACUGGGGAAUAGGCAUCACUAAGGCAGCCCUGCCUAGCGGCUUUGAAGCAGAAGUGCAUCGACAUCGUCUGCGCAAACCAGUGUGGACAAAGCUUUUGUCACCAUUGCGUCGGCUCCAAAGACUGAAAGGAGUGCUGCCCCCUGCUGAGGAGCUGCCAGAUGGACAGCUGCUGCCUGGGCAUCCGUUGUGGCUCGCACUGGCAGGAUCGUUGGAGUACACCGAAGUUUACAGGAGGAAAGCUGCCAGGGACACCCAUAUCAACAUAUUGGAACUCAGAGGUCGCUCUUGGAUGUUGGACAAAGGGUCGGGCAUCCUCAAGGACUUCCGCCACUUGCGGAGCUUUGGGCUGAAGUGGGACCUGUCAAAAGUCGAGAAAACCAGCCAGGGACCAGGAGUAGAGAUUCGCCUUGCCUUUUCAGAUGCCAUGACACUGCUGCUGAACUUCAGCGAGGAUCGUUUCGAGUGGAACAGACAGUUGGGCACACUGCCCGAGGUUUUGCAGCAGUAUCCUGGCUUCCUGGAUCUUUACUCUGGUGCUCGAGGCAUUCCAAAGGUGAUGGUUUCCAGCGCUCCGUGCUGGGUCUUGUGCUUCGACAACAAGACAGACCCCGAUCAGGACCUGCUGGAUCCCGCAGUGCAGCGAGUCGUUUUGAGGCUUCUUAGGGGCCGUGAUCUGAGCUAUCGAGCUGCUGUUUCCCUAGACGAAGUUCUACUGGUCGAGCCGGCGACUGCGCAGCUGGGACAACGAGUUCACACUGCUUUCCUGGAGUGGGUUUCAAGCAAUCUCUCUUCUGACAGCGCUGAAUCCCUUCUGGGCUGCCCUGAAACUUUGGGCGAGCUGGUCCGUUUGUUCGGAGUGUACAUGUUCGAGUCGAUGCAAUCGCUUUACAUGUACAAGCAGUUGAUUACUUUCUUGCAACGUGAGCGGCCUGGACUCCGAGCUCAUUUUGGGGGGGCCUGGCAAACAGUCAGCCGUUGGGAGAUUUGCGAACCAGCAGUUCACAGAACUCCACUUCCAUAUGGCAUCUUUCAGGCUAUGAUCGCCGUUGGUUUGGUCUGGGGCUGGUGGCGUUGGGCUGCUUGUACUGCGCUGGCUUUCUUCGGCAUGUGCAGACCCGGGGAAGUGCUGCGGGCUUUUCGAGAAGACCUUCUUCUUCCGUCUGAUUUGCUCGGUGAAGAAAUCAACAGCAUCUUUCUUACCAUCCGCUCUCCGAAGACUCGUCGAAGAGGCGGAGGCCGGGUCCAGCAUGCCAAAGUUCAGGAUCCCAUCGGUUCGCUGCUGUGCGCGUCAGUGUUUGGGCCCUUGAGCCUGGUGCGUGAGUAUCGGCGCGCUGCCGAUAUCUCAGGCCUCAUGUGGAGGAUGAGGCUUCGCAGCUUUAGCACGCUGGAACGAUAUCUUCAAGAAGUUGGAGCGGACAGUGUGUAUGUCCAACUUGACCUGGUUCACAUUCUCGAGCUUCGGUUCGAGCAGCCAGUGCUUUGUACGAGUCAACUGUCAAUUUUGUAUGUCAGAACCAGAGACUGUGACCGCGCGUCUCUUCAGUCUGCAGGAGUUCUGUUUCUUUGCACCCGCUGGGGCCGUCCGGCCAUGAAGGCAGCACCUGAUGUCUUUUCAAGCCAGCAGCGGCAGCUUUCGAGAGGUGGAAGAUUCCUGCGGCAUCAGCUUUCGAAUUCCUCGCGACACUUUUCUCUUUUGUCACGUGGAUGCUGA